AUGAGCUCGCAAUCGUUCUUCGAGGGCCUCACGGGGUACUUUGUCUACAUUCUCUUCGUCGCGACGCUUGGCCCGCUGCUGUUCGGCUUCCACUUGGGCGAACUCAACGCACCCGAAGAUGUCAUCCGAUGCAAGAAGAAGUCGAUCAAGUCCACCGCCACUGCCACCAGCUCCAACCUCCCCCAAUGCAUCGAGAUGACGCCGACCCAGUGGGGUGUCGUGGGGUCCAUGUUCACACUGGGUGGUCUGCUGGGAGCGUUGCUGGCAGGACCGGUGGCAAGCAGAUACGGCAGGCUCAGGACGAUGCAGAUCACGACCAUCUUCUUCAGCAUCGGCCCCGUCUUCGAGGCGCUGAGCCCCAGCAUUGGGGUCAUGGCAGUGGGAAGGCUGCUGUCGGGAGUAGGCGCCGGAGCCGCCGUGGUCAUCGUGCCUCUCUACAUCUCCGAGAUCUCUCCUCCGGCGCAGAAGGGCUUCUUUGGCGCAUUCACGCAGAUCAUGUGUAAUGUCGGCAUUCUGGUUGCGCAAUUGCUGGGGUUCUUCCUGAGCCACGACUCAUACUGGAGGGUCAUCUUGGCUGCGGGUGGGGUGAUUGGUCUUGGACAGGCUUUGGGGCUGCUGGUGUCUGUCGAGAGCCCCAAGUACAUUGCGGAGCGGGGCAAUAUGGCGCUUGCGAAGAAGACACUGCGCAAGCUGAGGGGUGAGCGAGCCGACAUCGACAGCGAGAUGAGCGACUGGGGUGCAGCUGGGGUUGAGAGUGUCAAUGGUGAGAUUCUCUCCACAGCUACCUACGAUGAGGAGGAACAGACACUUUUGAGCAACGAAGGCGGCCCGCAGAAUAACAAACAAUCGGGCAACGAAGACAAGCUCAGCAUCAUGCAAGUCCUGCGCCAUCCAGAGUACAAGAGCGCAGCCAUCGCAGUCAUCAUGGUCAUGUUGGCCCAGCAGUUCAGCGGCAUCAACAGCAUUGUCAUGUACGGCGUGUCUCUCCUGGCGACCCUGCUCGAGUCCAACUCUGCGCUUCUUAACCUAGCCGUCUCAGCAGUCAACAUCAUUGUCACCGCUGGAGGUGCGCCUCUCGUCGAUAAGCUGGGUCGUAAGACUUGCUUGCUCAACUCGCUGGCCGGCAUGGGCAUCAGCUCCCUGCUGCUUGCCAUUGGCAUCGUCAAGUCGAUCCCCGUGCUCUCCGCUGUUGCCGUUCUGCUGUUCGUUGCAAGCUUUGGUCUCGGACUUGGGCCAGUUCCUUUUAUCUUGGCGAGCGAGCUGGUUGGAUCUGACGCGGCUGAUGCAACACAGAGUAUUGCUCUGGCAGCCAACUGGAUCGCGACAUUCAUCGUCGCGCAGUUCUUCCCAUUGGCGAGCGCGAAGCUGCACGGCAACGUCUACUUCAUUUUUGCCGCGCUGUCCGCCUUCUUCUUUGCUUUCAUUUCGUGGUAUGUGCCGGAGACCAAGGGCAAGAAGAACGCAGAUGAAGUCUGGGGCAGAGAGCGUCGCGUGGACUGA